AUGGUCCAUAGCCAGAGAAAAAUACUCGAAAAUAUUGGCGCCCAUUUCCCGCCUUGCGUGUCAUCACAAAGUGUUGAGGAAAUCGGUUUAUGUUCAGCAAACAAAAUAACCCUUGUUUUUAUGGAUAUAAAACGUCUUACUGGUGAAGAUAAGCUCAAACUCAGCCGUACUUACUUCUUUGCUGGAAUCGGAUUUCUUCCUUUCCUCUGGUGGAUUAACGUUUUUUGUUUUCUAAAGGAGCUGUCUGCCCCACAGGCAUAUCCAGAGUCUAAGCUGAUUAGGAAAUACGUCACUUUCAGUUUAAUUGGAGCAUUGUCUUGGACAGUUGUCUUUGCCGUUUGGAUUAUUACUUUCCUAAAUUUCCGUGUUAGUUGGGGUGAAUUGGGGGAUCGUUUGUCGUUUAACAUACCACCUGGCAGAUUAUAA